CUCACGCGCGCGCGCGCGCGCACACAGAGUCAUACAGUCAAAAUGCACAUCGAAAAUCAAAAUUCAAUGUCAUAUCUUCACCAUAAAACAACACAAUAGCUAAUCAAAACACUGCCAUGAAAUUUGUGGACAUGUCGAACAACACUCCUUCUAAUUCUCACGCCAAAGAUUUUGCAUCUCCUGCUCUCACUCUCAGUCUUGCUGGUAUUUUCCGAGAUGGUGCAGCUGGAAACGAGGAGACGGAGGAGGUUGACGACGGAAGUGCCGGCGGUGGCCGGAGAGAAGAGACGACGAUGGUUGAGAUUAGCAGUGAGAAUUCUGUACCCCUGAUGAGUACUUUAUCACGCUCUCGUGAUGAUUUUGAUGCCGAAAACGAAGACUACGACGACCCCACCAACAGUAAGAAGAAGAAGUACCACAGACACACUGCACAUCAAAUCAGAGAAUUGGAGGCCUUAUUUAAGGAGUCACCCCAUCCAGAUGAGAAGCAGAGGCAGCAGCUAAGCAACCAAUUGGGUCUUCAUCCGAGGCAAGUUAAGUUCUGGUUUCAGAAUAGAAGAACCCAAAUUAAGGCUAUACAGGAGCGCCAUGAAAAUUCAUUGUUAAAAACUGAAAUAGAUAAACUUAGUGAGGUAAAUAAAGCAUUAAGGAUGGCCAUGAAAAAAAAUAUUCCUUCUUGUCCUAGUUGUGGGUUUUCUAGCUCCAGCAAGGAGGCUGCUGUUGUAAUUCCCACUCAAGAACAACAGCUACGUAUUGAAAAUGCCAGACCUAAAACCGAGGUUGAAAAACUUAGGGCAGAACUGGGAAAAUACACAAAAGGGACAUCGCCUACUACUAGUUCAGGAGGGAAUGACGAAGAAAAUAAAAAUGGUUUAGAAUUGCAGACAGACACUUUUGGGCUUGAAAAGUCACGGAUUAUGGAUAUUGUUAAUCAAGCAACUGAGGAGCUUAAAAAGAUGGCUACUUUUGGAGAACCACUGUGGAUCAAAAGCUUUGAGACUGGAAGAGAAAUACUUAAUUACGACGAAUAUAUGAAGGAAUUUCCAACAGAAAAGUCAGGAGAAGAACGGCUUACAAGAUCUAUUGAGGCAUCCAGGGACACUGGAGUAGUAUCUAUGGAUUUGCCUCGGCUUGUCCAGUGUUUUAUGGACGUCAAUCAGUGGAAAGAAACGUUCCCAGGCAUGAUCACAAAGGCAUCUACGUUAGACGUGAUCCGCAAUGGUGAAGGCGAUAACUGGGUUGGUGCCGUCCAGUUGAUGUUUGCAGAACUGCAGAUGCUAACACCGGUUGUGGGCACGAGGAAAGUAUACUUUCUCAGAUACUGCAAACAAUUAGGUGCAGAUCAGUGGGCAAUUGUGGACGUUUCUGUGGACAAGGUUGAGGACAAUAUAGACGCAUCUCUCAUGAAAUGUAGAAAAUUACCCUCUGGCUGCAUUCUCCAAGAUCAAUCCAAUGCCCACUGUAAGGUGACCUGGGUGGAGCACUUGGAGUGCCAGCAGAGCACAGUUCAUUCUCUCUACCAUGCAAUUGUCAAUAGCGGCCAAGCUUUUGGAGCGAGGCACUGGAUGGCUACACUGCAGCAGCAAUGUGAGCGCCUAACCUUCUUCAAGGCAACCAGCGUUCGCAUAAAAGAUUCAACGGGACCAGAUGUUGCUACACUUGCUGGGCGAAAAAGCAUACUUAAAUUAGCACAAAGAAUGACCUGGAGUUUCUGCCAUGCUAUUGGGGCAUCUAGUUAUAACAAAUGGGACAAGAUUCACAGCAAAACCGGAGAUGAUAUUAGGGUGGCGUCUAGGAAGAACUUAACAGAUCCUCGGGAACCAUUUGGUCUGAUCCUCUGUGCAACUUCAUCUGUUUGGCUGCCUGUUUCUCGCAAUGUACUAUUUGAUUUCCUAAGAGAUGAAACCCGCCAACAUGAGUGUAAUAUCAUGUCAAAUGGAGGCCCCGUGGAGUCCAUUGCAAAUUUAGCAACGGGUCAGGACAGAGGAAAUGCAGUUACUAUCCAAGCAAUGAAAUUGAAAGAAGACAUGUGGAUCCUCCAAGAUACCUGCACGAAUGCUUAUGAAUCCACAGUCGUAUAUGCCCCCAUCGACAUUGGAGGCAUGAAAUCUGUCAUGACCGGCCGUGACUCUAGCAAUGUUGCAGUGUUACCUUCAGGUUUCUCAAUUCUUCCGGAUGGCCUCGAGUCAAGGUCUUUAGUUAUCACUUCUAGACCAGAGGAAAAAUGUACAGGAGGAGGAUCCCUACUAACAGUUCUAUAUCAAAUUCUAACUAGCAACUCUCCAGCAGUGAAACUUUCUAAGGAGUCUGUUGAAUCAGUUAACAAUCUCAUAUCAUGUACAUUGCACAGGAUCAAGACAAGUUUGCAAUGUGAAGAUGGGUAGUUUAUUCUUGUAGGCACAGAGAUGCUAAUUUCAUUAUACAGAUAAUAUAGUUUUCCUCAAUCCUUUUCAUCUUAA